CGCGGCCUCCAUCCGGUCCAGCAGCUCCGUGCCGACGUCACCACAUUCCACUCGACGCGAUGGAUCAGCGCGUGUAAGCGUAAAGGUGGCCUCGGAAGACACUGCCAGAAACGUGUAAACUGGAUGAUCGAGAUCUGUGCUGUGGGGGAAAUCAGAGCUUGGAUGCAAGAUGAGGGAAGCGGCCGUGCUGCUCACACCGUGUGUGCUCGUGUGUCUCCUGCUGAGCUUCAGUCAGGCAGCCAGGCAAGGACAGGACAUCAAAUGUGGAGCCUGCAGGGCUCUGGUAGAUGAGAUGGAAUGGGACAUCUCCCAAAUAGACCCAAAGAAGAUGAUCCAGACAGGAUCCUUCAGGAUCAACCCGGACGGCAGCCAGUCCAUUAAAGAGGUUCCUCUGGCUCGCUCAGAGGGAAACCUUCUGGAGCUGAUGGAGUCUGUGUGUGAGAGGAUGGCGGACUACGGCGAGCGCACAGAUUCCUCCACAAACAGGAAGUCCUACAUUAGGAUAAAGUCUCGGAGUGGUGAGCCCCUGGACCUCUCAGAGGCGACGCUGGAUUCUAGAGUUACAGGCAGUUUAAAAUUUGCGUGUGAAACGAUUGUUGAGCAGUAUGAAGAUGAAGUCAUUGAAUUCUUCGCUCAUGAGAACGAAAAUAUCAAAGACAACCUGUGCAGCAAGAGGACGGACCUCUGUGACCACGCUCUGAAAUCGUCCCACGAUGAACUUUGAUGUCAUGGUUGCCGUACUUUGCUCAGCUGAAAUGGAGACGUCUGGUGCUAUGCUGUUUUCCGUUGUCUAUCUAUCACUUGUAUACACCAGGGCAGUAGGACAAGAUGCAUACAAAUUAUCAUGUAAGAUAAUUCAGUUGAAGAUACAAGUCUGGUUCCUAUGAUUUGCGGCAGGUUAAGAACCAGUUUGACAGUUUUAACUACAUCUCUUUGGACUAUCUUGUUACUUCUUUAUAUGUUGUUAGUUACCAUACUUUUCAAUAUUCUGUGUUUAGAAAAACGCUUUUCUUGCUUUGCAUGCAGAAUUUCUUACAGGAUUAGUUGUGUAUGUACAGUAAAUGUUCUAAUUUAAGACAUAAGUAGGCAGGGAUCAGGGGUAAAUUUGAUGAAGUGGUCGUUCAGACAUAUUCAUUGAUAAAUGAAAAAUAAUGGUAUCAAAGAGUUUAUCAGACAAAUAACUUGCUUUGAAUAAAUCAUGUAUUAAGUUAAACUGAAACGUUAAAAACGCAUUAUUUAAGAUCAGAAAUGAAGACGAUUUGAGUGGAAUUAGUUUCCCUGGUGUCCAAGCGUUGAAGUGUGCCUUUGAUGCUGAAUAAGUGUUUCAACAUUUUCACCAUUAUCCCGGUAAAUGUACUAGCCCCAUGGUAUUGUUUACUGUUGAUAUAAACAGUUUUUUGCCAUUUCAGGAUCCGUCAAAAGUUGCAAAGAGCUAAAAAAAUGUAGGGAAAGAACAACGAUUCUAAAGUUUGGCUAAACUCCAACCAAAGUAUGAAGAAUUGCCCUUACAGGAAAGGGCUUCCAUUUUUCUCAUUUUGAAUUGUAAACGUUUGGUUUACAAAGGACAGUAAUUGUUUCUGCAAAGGUCUAUCUAGAGCAGAAAAUGUUGUUCUAAGUACUAAAGAGUUUAUAGCUGUAAGAGAAAGACAAUAAUACCUAUUUUCUUUAAAUACUACAUCUGCAAUACCAUGGAAUUAUGGUAUUUUCUUUACAUUUGAGCCUCAAUAGUGAAGUUCUUCUUACUAAAACUGAACUGCAGUUUAACACCACUUGAGUGUGCUGUAGUCCACAAUCUGUUGAGUUUGAAUUAAAGAAUCACGUUCAGAAUCCGUUGGAAAGUCCUCAUGCUGUACUGUUGAUGUAGAAUAAAAGUAUUUUUGGUAUAAUUCAUUA